GCUAAUCUUCUGGACAAAAAUCCCUAUCCAGUGAAAGCACACAUGUAUCCUGUAAGCACGUCAUAUACAGCAAAUCCUUGGUACUCUCCAAGUUUUAGCUACCUUGAAAUUCAUAAGACGCAGAACACUCCCGCUAAGGUAAGAUAAAUCAGGAUUACCAACACUUUCAACAUCGUCAUCAUCACCACCAUCAUCAUUCAUCUUUAUCAUUACCAUCACAGCCACCAUCCCCAUUAUCAUCAUUAUCACGAUCACCACCACCAUCAUCACCACCAUAACCCAUCCUCAACAUCAUCAACACCAUUAUGAUGCAUCACAUUGUCUGCCACCAUCAUCAUUAUAUUUACCAUCACAGCCACCAUCCCCAUCAUCAUUAUCACCACCAUUAUCAUCAUCACAUCGUUUGCCACCAUCCCCAUGAUUAUCACCACUAUCAUCAUUAUCACCACCCGCAUCACCAUUACCAGUUACACCGUCAUCACCAUAGGUGAGUACCAUGACAACCAUCAUUAACAACUAUAUAUCUUGUCUAUAUGUCUAGAUUGACAGCGAAGCUUCUCUCACAGUGCGUUAUACAGUGCGAAGCAACACUGGAACGAGAGUCAACUUUCACUAUACUGUGAGUAAACUAUUCAGAUACUGCAACCGAAAUAAAAAAAUAAAUAUUUUUAAUUUCAAUGAUCUAACAACAUAACCAUGCUUAAUUCAGCAGUGGGUUCUGUACAACAUGAGAUCACUUUAGGAUCUAACCAUGCUUCUGGAAGAGAACACAGAAGAGACAUCAAUUGCUACAGCUGCAGGAUUGAACCAUGUGGUACAUGUCACAACACCCUGAAUGAUUGAACUUAAUAACCCCAGUUUUAAACCUUUUAGAUCAUGUGUAAAGGUAACACAGUCAAAUCCGGUACGCAUACUCAGCUCCACAACUACGUUCGAGAAGAGAACACUACCACAACCGCAACACCCGCCACUACCAUUCGACCAACCAAAGUAACAGUUAAUGUCACUAACGCUACCCUCCAACGCACCAACGAUACCAUCCGAACAAAAUUACAUAAGUUAAUCCUCCCUGAUUGGGGAUGGUGGAGACCUAAACCAAUCCCAGUCAAGAAACUGAAUGAAAGACCAGUUGUUGAGAAGUUUGACAUCAAAUUUCCUGUAACCAUGGAGAUGGUGCCAUCGUGUCGGAUGAUGGUAUAUUAUGUGAGAGAAGACAAAGAGGUUGUGGCUGAUAGUGUCGACUUUGAUGUGGAGGAUAAAUUGGAGAAUCAGGUUAGGAUUAUAAAGUAGGCGGCUGUGUGGAGGGGGUGGGGGGGGUUAUAAAGUAGACCAGGUUGAUGAAAAAUAACUUGGUUUGAGGGUGUAGAGUGGAGGAAGGAGAGCAGAAUUUAUAUUUCAAGUACUAAAUUAAGUAAUUGGCGGUUAACCUCGUGGCACCCGCCGGCUUAUUUUGAAAGCUCUGGGUUACCCACUGGCAGUGUGCUGCAUAUUACUAACGUUGCACCAUCUAAAAGAGAAGAUACGAGAGAUUUAAUUUCAUAUUUUAAUUUGCCAGGUAUCAGUGAGUUUUAAGGAUGAUGAACGUAAACCAGGAGAAGAAACGAACUUGAUCUUGAAAGCUACCCCAGGAUCACGUGUUGCCUUCGUGGCUGUGGACAAGAGCAUUCAUCUCUUGAAGGCUGGGAACGAGUUGACAAAAGAAAAGGUUUGUACAAAUGUUGUCAUGUUGUCUAGAAGCGUGGCAUAUAAACAUGAAUAGAGGAGUCAUCGCCCACAAGAAUAUCUUGUGUAUCUUGGCCGAUAACUUUAAUUGAGUUUUAUUGAGUUUCUCACUCAUUGGUGAGUGGAUUUCCAAAUAGGCUAUUGUCUAAUUGAUAGGGGAUCCGUAGCUACAAUUUCAACGUCCUUCAGUGGUGGAAAUCUCGGUGGGGCUGGGGGCGACCGCCCUCCUCCCCCCACCUUCACGGAAAAUUACGAAUUUUCGGAAAUUUUGACCUAAAAGAGGGUUAAAAACAGCCUUUUCGAAUGAAAUUUGAAAGUUUGUCGGAAAUCUAGGAGGCUUUGCCCCCCCCCCACCCCCCGGAAAAAGUGAAUUUCCGCCACUGACGUCCUUAUCCAAGAAGACGCGAAAGUCUAACUGUUUACUGUAAAUGUCAAUGUAAAAGGAGCACUUUCUCUUCAAUUAUUUUAAGACCUUGAGUAGAGGUCCAACCAAGGAUCAAACCCGGGUCUCCCAGCUGGAAAGGCAAGCGUGGUAACCACGACACCACAAGAGUUGGACUCUAUCCCUUGAGUACAUAAGAAGCCACGUGGCGAUGACGACAGUCCUGAUAACCACACUUGACUGGAGCGUCGAAACGUUGGGUCGUGAAUGUAAUUUAUUCGAGGAUUACACUCAUUUACUUCAACAAAAGUAGCAAAACAUGUCUGUAUAUGAUUACUUGGGAACUCGCAAACUUCAAAUUUCGUGUCUUUUUUCAGAUACUUCCAUACCUACGAACGUACCAACAAAGAGCUUAUAAUUCCAACCCGAAAUGUCGUAACUCGUGGAAUCCCUGGUGGAGAGGCAAACGUAGCAUUGCACCAUUCCCCUGGGGAGAUAGCUCUGGUUACGAUGAUGCUUCUGAGGCUUUCAAU